CUGUUUUUCUGUAUUCGUACCUGGCAUAUGUCCUUCGGAAAAAAAAAAAAAGAAAAAAAAGAAGCUGCAGAAGUCAGAAAUAGAAUACACCAUUCCUGGUCAUACCUAAGCAUUGUUGCGUCUCGUUGAAGCUGCUUCAUUUGUUCGAUUUUAAGGUGGGAGAAAUCUUUAAAGAAAUUUGAGGACUUUUACUGGGAUCUCACUUUUCGUUGAUCAGUUAGGAGUAUUAUUACGUUGCAGCAAUUGAAUAACUUAGUUGUUGGGAUUGAGUAGAAACUAGAAAGUGCGUUUUUCAUUUGGCAGAACAUAAUCGACCAUCCGCGAAAAGAGAUGGGCUUUUUGAUGUGCAAGGAGGAUAAUGGAUUGGGGUGUCUGAUGAAGAAUUCGGCUUCCGUAGAGUUGGAUUCAUACUUCCCUGUGAGGCCUCAACGCCAAGAAGAUGUUCCCAAGACCCGCUUCAAACCCAGGGUGGGUAAAACUCUAAGUCCAAGAAGAUGGAAUGCUGCUUUCAGUCAAGAUGGUCAGUUGGAUAUAGCAGGAGUUCUUAGAAGAAUUCAGAGAGGGGGCAUUCAUCCAUCAAUUAAAGGUGCUGUCUGGGAAUUUCUGUUGGGUUGUUAUGAUCCCAACAGCACAUUUGAGGAAAGAAAUGAAAUUAGACAGCGAAGAAGGGAGCAGUAUGCUGCUUGGAAAACUGAAUGUAAAGAAAUGGCGCCAGUUAUUGGCAGUGGAAAGUUCAUAACUGCAGCCAUAAUUACUGAUGAUGGCCAGCCGAUAAUUGAAACUUCAGUUAAUGGCAAUCUACCAGAUGACUUUGGUGGCAAGCCGAGUGACAAUGGUUCAGCAGAUAAGAGAGUGAUUCAGUGGAAGCGGAGCUUGCAUCAAAUUGGUCUAGACGUUGUUCGCACGGAUCGUAUUCUGGUUUUUUAUGAAACCGAAAAGAACCAAGCCAAACUUUGGGAUAUCCUUGCUGUAUAUUCUUGGUUUGACGGAGAUAUUGGAUAUGUUCAAGGAAUGAAUGACAUAUGCUCUCCAAUGGUUAUUCUUCUAGAUGAUGAAGCAGAUGCAUUUUGGUGCUUUGAGCGUGCAAUGCACAGAUUGAGGGAAAACUUUAGGUGCAGCACAACUUCUGUUGGUGUUCAAUCUCAGCUGAGUACUCUUGCACAGAUCAUUAAAACUAUUGAUCCAAAGCUACACCAACAUCUUGAGGAAUUGGAUGGUGGGGAGUAUUUGUUUGCGUUUCGUAUGCUGAUGGUACUUUUUAGGAGAGAGUUCUCAUUUGUUGAUUCGUUGUAUCUUUGGGAGGUGAUGUGGGCCAUGGAAUACAAUCCAAACAUGUAUCUGUUGUACGAGGAGCCGAAUUCUAGUUGCCAGAAUGGCAGCCAAAAGAUCAACAAUAAACUGCUAAAGCUGUAUGGAAAGUUCGAGAGGAAAAAUGUUCAAACUGGAUGGACAGAACAGAAAACUGCUCUUGCUGUUUUUGUUGUUGCUAGUGUCCUUGAGACGAAGAAUAAGCGACUUCUAAAAGAGGCCAAGGGUCUAGAUGAUGUUGUUCAGAUUUUGGGUGAACUAACUGGGAAUAUGGAUGUAAAGAAGGCGGUAAAGGGGGCCUUGAAAAUUCAUAAGAAGUAUUUGAGUAAGGUAAACUUCAUAAUAACAAGAGUUUUAUCAGCUGCUCUUGGUGGCUGCAUUUGUUGUGGAUACCUUAGUGCUGCUCAUCAUCAUUCAUGCAGGCCAAGAAAUCAUAGUUGCAUUCGGCUGCAGCGGGAAUGUUUCACGAUCGGCUAUAUCCUACAACAAGCGUAACAGUGAGAUAUGCGAGUACUACUCGAUAGCAGCCGAUGGUUUAGGAGUAUUCUAAGAAUUGUGAUUCCUCAUUGCAUCCUUUUGUGAUCUAAGAUAUGUUGAACUUACAUGUAAUAAGCACAUGAAAUCGGAUUUUUGUGCGGAUUUAAUUUUUCUUAAC